AUGUCGGAGGAGAAGCCCAGUAUCCGCCGCAUCCUGCACUUUCCCGUCCAGGAAGGCGUGAAAACCGAGAACGAGCACAUCGACGUGAAAGUUACCGGGCAGGACGGCUCCGUGGUGCAGUUCAGAAUAAAGCGGCACACUCCGUUGAGCAAGCUCAUGAAAGUGUACUGCUGCCGGCAGGGCUUGUCAAUGAGGCACAUUAUGUUCCUGUUUGAUGGACAGCCAAUUAAAGAAGAAGACACACCUGCACAGCUGGAGAUGGAACACGAAGACACGAUCGAAGUUUACCAGCAGCAGACAGGCGGAGGGUGCUAAGACACAGCAUCUUUUGGAGAACAGUUUGAGGAUCCUCAUCACACCUCACUCUCUUGUCUGUGUGCACAAGUCAAAAUAGUAUCUGCAGGGAUUGAGCUGUGUCUGAAUUUAACCAUUUGAAGUUCAGAUUGUGUGUUGUCUGUUGUUAGCCUUUUUUUAAAAUUUAUUGUUUGUAUUUUUUUUUUCUUUCUUUAAACUUGUGGUCUAAGCAUUCAUCCGUGUGUUGGGACACUGAGUGUUCAUUCCUGGCUCUGGUUGGUCUUGCUCUUCUGUUUCAACUCAAAUUAUAUAAAUAGUUCAAUGUAUUUUCAUGCCAAGUGUGAGUGUAAAAGUUUCCUUUUAAGAUGCACCCAAGAGAAGGAACAGAGAUACAGGUUUUAAGUUUUUGGUUCAUAUUAAAAAUUUAAUCAAUCCCUUGGGCAGCAUCACACCUUUGACUGGGGCUAGAACACAAUACAAUGCUUAGAAUAGGAUUUAAAUACUCCAGGUUUACAUGUGUUUUUUCAUAUUAUGAUAAAGUAGGCCAAAAUGUACUUUUUAAAUGCAGAAAUGGUAUUUUUUUUGUCCUGCACUAUUGCAGAACUGGAGGUAGCAGGGCAGCUGGUCCAAAAACUUAAUGCUUGUGAUAGAGUAGCUGUGCUUUUUUGUUGUGCAGCUUUAUAAAAAUCCCAUCACUGAAAUUCCAGCUGUUUGCUGAGGGCUGGGUGGCAUCUGUCACUUUGCCCUGCUCCCUUGACUCUUUCUCUGUGGGCACUGGAAGUCUGUGGCCUCAGGUUUCUUUUGAAUACUUCUUUUUGGUAGAUAAAUUUGGUAAAUGAGGAGGGCAGGGGAAAUGCCUCUUAAUGUCACCAAACUGUGAAGAAGAGCUAGU